AUGGCUAUCGACCCCCAAACACGUAUCGCUCGACCUCCACCUAAACCGGCUGCAUCAGCCAAGGAAACCGCCACAUCAGCCACCGAAGCCGAAUCAACCAACGAACAACAACAACAACAACAACAACUACAACAACAAGAACCACCACCUCAACCCCCUCCCUCCCCCUCCCAGCGCUUCUUCCGCCCCGCCUCCGCCGACCCCCCACGCCCCCCCUCCUCCUGGCAACGAAAAGCCGCCGUCCUCGAAGCCGAAAUCCGCUCCAAAAACUGCAACAAGAUGGGCUGCCAGCUCCUCUGCUACCGCAUGCGCCCCGCCGCCUGCUUCGAGGUCGACCAGGCCCAGACCGCCAUCCUGUUCCCCGACGGCCAGCUGCGCCGCGACCCCGACCCGCGCGCCCGCGUGCCCCCGCCCGCCCUCCGCUUCAACCUGCCCCUUUUCUGCAUCGAGUGCGGCGUGCGCACCCGCUUCUACGCCCCCGGCGACCAGAUCCGCACUCGCUCCCACGAGGAGCUGUGGAUGUGCGGCUGCGGCCACUUGCGCCGCAAGACGGACCGCUACGAGUCCCGCUUGUGCGGCGAGUGUGGCGAUACGUGCCUUAGCGCUGCGGUGUCGAGUCGGCGGAAGCGGAGGAGGGUGACGCCGCCGGAGGAUCUGUAA